AAAGAGUUCAGGAUUCUAAUUUCACAAUAUAAUAACUCACUGAGGGCAUUCUGGGAAAGGUAUGCAAAUAAUCGAACCAAAAUCGAAACGUGGAAUCAAAGAAUCAUGAAUUGAACCGAAUGGUCAUAAUCGCGAUUAAUCGAGAAUUCAAUUAAUUGUUACACCACUACUUGCCUGAUCAAUAAUUUGCAUGACUUCCAUUGCUUUCUGCAAAAUGAAUACAGGGAUGUCAAAUGAAAACGACCUUGCUGCAAAGCUUAACUUUAUUGAGCUAGUUGUGCAACCUGAGUGGAGUGGCAGUUGGACUGAGCCUAAAGACAAAUCUGUAUUUUUUUCAGGGGACAGUGAAGCAUCAGAUAGCUUGGACAAGUGCUUAGAAUGCAUGCAUGCUGAAGAAAUCUGUGUCAUACCAUAUAGAAGUGAAUCAUUUGACCAGGAAGUUUGUGUAGCCUCUGAGAGGGAUCUCAAAUGUGAGGUGGAACUCCUCUGCUUCUCUAAGGCCAAAGACUCCUGGGAAACUACUCCAGAGGAGAAGAUGUCCUUAGCUUUACACCAUAAAGCCAAAGGGACAGACUGUUUUAAGUCUGGCAAAUGGGUCUGUGCUGCAAGACGUUAUAGCCAAGCUCUGAAACAGUUGAUCUUAAUUGGUGAUGCCAUCUCUGAAGAACAGAAGGAAAAGCAAGAUGAGCUCAGGGCCUCUUGUCUCCUUAAUUUAUCUGCAUGUCAGGGGAAGCUUGGACAAUAUGAAUUUGUUGCGGCAAACUGCACAAAGGUUCUCGCGUUUGUCGUCUUGAAUGAAUUCGAGAAGGCAAGGGCGGAUUUAGAGAAGGCUUUAACUAUUGACCCUACCAACAGAGCAGUGCAAAAUCAACUCAGAAUUCUAAAAGAGAAGGAAAGAAAACACGAUGAACAUUUAUCAAGAGCGCUUGGUGCCAUGUUUGGACGUAAAGUUUAA